AUGAAAAAAGGCAGCCAGUCCUGUCUCACCGAGAUUAUCCUUCUAGGCUUCUCAGAUUUCCAGUCUAUGCGAGAACUUCUUUUCUACCUGGCCCUAAUAUUCUAUUUUAUGGCCUUGGUGGGCAACAGUUUGAUCUUGCUCCUCAUCUUUCUCAGUCCUACCCUUCACACGCCAAUGUAUUUCUUCCUCUGGAACUUGUCCUUUUUGGAAAUUGGCUACACUUCCUCCAUCAGCCCAAAGAUGCUAGCGAACUUAUUAUCAGAGAAGCAAAGUAUAUCCUUUUGGGGCUGUGGCUAUCAAAUGUGUUUUUUCCUUCUCUUCGGUGUCACUGAGUGUUGUCUUUUUUGUGUCAUGGCAUAUGACCGCUAUGUUGCCAUUUGCAAACCCUUGCAGUACCCAUAUAUCAUGAACUACAGGGAAUGUGCUAAGCUUGCUGCUACCUCAUGGGCCAUGGGUAUAUCGUUGGGUUUGGGGCAUUCAAUUUCAAUCUUCACCCUUCCCUUCUGUGGGUCAAAUAGAAUCAGCCAUUUCUUUUGUGAUCUUAUGCCUGUUCUGAGACUGGCUUCUACCAAUACCUACAAAAAUGAGGUGGCCAUUGCCAUUUUAACAGUGGUAGUUGACCUGACACCUUUUUUGCUCAUUCUUGUUUCUUACACCCUCAUUAUCUUCACUAUUCUCAGAAUGCCAAUGGCCAAGAAUAGACGCAAAGCAUUUUCAACUUGUUCCUCACAUCUCACUGUUGUCUUCAUUUUCUAUGGAACUGUCAUUUUUACUUACAUUCAUCCAAAUUCAGAAUAUUCUGUGGACACUAACAGAUUUCUUGCCCUGCUCUACACAGUAAUGACCCCAAGCUUGAACCCCAUCAUUUAUAGCUUGAGGAACAAAGAGAUAAAAGCUGCUUUCAUGAAAUUAGUAACCAAGAAAACAGUCUUCAUGAGGUAA